UUUCAUUAUUCUUAAGUUUCUUUCUCCAUAUCACACACAAAAAGAAAUAAUGGAUUUUUUUAAGAAAAAUUCUUCUACUUUGGCUUUGGAAAUUUAUAUAUUUUCCUUAUUUUUAAUUUUAUCAAAUAUUAAUGGGAUAUUUGCUUCUCAUAAUGUUUUUUUUGACUUGCAAUCUUUAAGUGCUGUUAGUGUCAAAAAUAUUCAUAGAACUGGUUUUCAUUUUCAACCUCCUAAGCAUUGGAUCAAUGAUCCUAAUGCACCAAUGUAUUACAAUGGAAUUUAUCAUCUAUUUUAUCAACACAAUCCAAAAGGAGCAGUAUGGGGCAAUAUUGUUUGGGCUCAUUCAGUUUCAAGAGACUUAAUUAACUGGAUUCAUUUAGAGCCUGCAAUUUAUCCAUCGGAAAAAUUCGAUAGAUAUGGUGCAUGGUCCGGGUCAGCAACUAUUUUACCUAAUAACAAGCCGGUAAUCUUGUACACGGGAGUAGUAGAUGCCCACGAUGCACAAGUUCAAAACUAUGCUAUCCCGGCCAACUUGUCCGAUCCAUUUCUUCGUAAAUGGAUCAAGCCCAAUAACAAUCCGUUAAUUGUUCCUGACCCGAGCAUCAAUAGGACCAAAUUUCGCGACCCAACAACAGCUUGGAUGGGCCGAGAUGGGCAUUGGAGAAUUUUGAUAGGGAGUGUGAGAAAACAUAGAGGAUUGGCGAUAUUGUAUAGAAGUAGAGACUUCAUGAGAUGGAUGAAGGCGAAACAUCCACUUCACUCGACGAAUGGUACUGAAAACUGGGAAUGUCCUGAUUUUUUCCCUGUAUCAUUGAGGAAUAGUAAUGGUUUAGAUGUAUCGUAUCGAGGCAAAGAUGUUAAGUAUGUCCUUAAGAAUAGCCUUGAUGUGACCAGGUUUGACUACUACACUAUUGGAAUGUAUCACAUUACAAGAGAUAGAUACAUUCCGGAUAACAACUCUAUCGAUGGUUGCAAGGGAUUGAGGCCUGAUUAUGGAAAUUUCUACGCCUCUAAAUCAUUCUACGACCCUAGAAAGAAUAGGAGAAUCAUGUGGGCUUGGACUAAUGAAUCGGAUGUUUUACCCGAUGAUGAAAUCAAGAAAGGAUGGGCUGGUAUUCAAGCUAUUCCGCGCAAAGUAUGGCUCGACCCUAGUGGUAAACAAUUGGUUCAAUGGCCUAUCGAAGAAUUAGAAACCCUAAGAAAGCAAAAGGUCGAGUUCAGCAACAAGAAGUUGCCAAGGGGAGAAAUGGUUGAGGUUGAAGGAAUAUCAGCAGCACAGGCCGAUAUUGAAGUGACAUUCUCUUUUUCAAGUUUGGACAAGUUUUACAUUACUUUUUGA